AUGUUUGGAGUAGCAAAAAUUAUAAGAGUAAUGGGACAGACCCUAUCAGAACCUGUGACGGAGAAGCAGUCGGCAACAUGUCAGGACUCACGGUACCUUGUUGCCUCUUCCUGCAUGCAAGGAUGGAGAGUGUCGAUGGAUGAUUCUCACACUCACAUACUAUCACUGCCUGAAGACCCUGGCACGGCAUUCUUUGCAGUAUAUGAUGGUCAUGGAGGAGCCAACAUAGCAGAAUAUGCUGGGAAACACCUGCAUAAAUUUAUCACAGCUCGUCCAGAAUAUCACUUAGGAAAUAUAGAAGAGGCUUUAAAACAGGGUUUCCUAGACCUGGACCAGGCGAUGCUUGAAGAAGACAUGUUGAUGCAGAAAGUAGCUGGCAGUACAGCCGUCGUGGUACUUAUUAAAGAAAACACGCUAUAUUGCGCCAACGUCGGUGACUCCAGAGCGAUCGCCAGUGUUCGAGGCGGGCAGGUGGAAGUGCUCUCAUACGAUCACAAGCCCAAUAACGAAGAAGAGUUGCGUCGAAUCGUCGCUGGGGGCGGGUGGGUGCAACUCAACAGGGUCAAUGGGAAUCUAGCAUUGUCCAGAGCGCUGGGCGACUAUGUAUUCAAGAGGAAUUACCGGCUGUCUCCCCAAGAACAAAUUGUUACAGCAUACCCAGACAUCCAAGUGAGGCAACUGAACGAAGAUUGGGAGUUUAUAGUGAUAGCGUGCGAUGGCAUCUGGGAAGUGCUAAGUAACGAGGAAGUGGUAUCAUUUUGCCGCGGUCGGCUUCUGAACGGGUGGGAGCCAUCGGCGGUUUGUGAGGCGCUGAUGCAGCGCUGCCUGGCUCCCAACUGCGCCACGGGUGGCCUGGGCUGCGACAACAUGACCGUCCUGAUCGUCUGUCUAGCGCCCUUCCCUAGACUCGACACUGUCAAUACACCCUUAGGCGUAGACCAAGAAUUAAACAGUAAGUUCAUGACCAAAAUGGAGGACCUGUUGUACGUCGAAGACGAAGAGGAAGACUUAAAGUGA